GACCCAGUGAUGACACCCACGCCUUUAAGCACCCGCGACCUCAUAUGACCCGCAUGCUCCCUUAUAUCACCAGUCGUCCUUCUCGUCCCCGUUGCGUGUAGCAAGGUCCACAUGUUUCGAAGCUUGGCGCGCUAUGCAAUCAUGAGGAUGAUCAGAGAGUAUACGGAGGAGGUGAUAGACUGGUGAUUAGUUCCUGAUGAAGCAUUGUUACGGUUGGUUUUGCUACCAGCAAUCCCAUUUGAUGUGGGGUACUCGGGUUUAUAAAGCUAGUUAGUAUGAUGAAGAAGCGAAGCUCUCUCUUUCCCCAGAUCACAGUAUGAUCGCUCUCACCGCAGCUAUCCUGACGUCUCUCGCUUUGGCGAGGGCGUCGAGCGCUCAAAAUGUUUUUGCUCAUUUCAUGGCACAAAACUCUUAUUCCUACACUCCAAGUGAUUGGACCAACGACAUGAAAACUGCGCAGUCGAUCGGUAUCGACGGUUUCGCUCUCAACAUUGCCGCCAAUGAUUAUGAAGUUGGCCAAAUCGUUACUGCUUUCGCAGCGGCGGAGGCUCUGAACUUCAAACUCUUCUACUCUUUCGAUAUGUCGUACUCUUGGCAGCAAUCUGACAUGGUCGACAUCGUUGCAAACCAGUCAUCUAGCUCCAGUAACUUCCUCUGGAAUGGUAACUUGCUCGUGUCCAGCUAUGAAGGCGAAAGCUACGGCGAUUCCUUCUGGUCUGGCUUCAAGUCUGCCCUUGCUUCGAAGGGAAUCAACAUCACGCUUGCUCCCGCUUUCACGAGCUACCGUGAUCCAACGCAGGCGAGUACCAUGGCGUCUACUUUCCCUUCGAUUGACGGCUUCUUCAACUGGUGGUCCUGGCCUGCUGAUGUUGAUGCGAACUUGACGACUGCUACUGACUUGGCUUACCAAUCGGCCAUCUCUUCCAGGAGUGGACCUUACAUUAUGGCCGUGUCCCCCUGGCAGUUCAAGAACAUCGACGGCGCAGGUGAUUGGGUAGAGUACAGUGACACACUCUGGGAUUAUAGAUGGCAGCAAGCUGUCAACGAUGUCAAGCCCGACAUCGUGGAAAUCGUCACCUGGAACGACUACGGCGAGUCGCACUACAUCGGUGAUAUCAACCCCGUUGUCGACCUCGGUACUCAAGCUCCAUUCUACGUUGAUGGUUUCGAUCACUCCAAGUGGCGUGAUGUAGCCAAUUACUAUAUCCAGUACUUCAAAAAUGGUUCUGCCCCGACGAUCACCACCGAUGAAGUCGUCUUCUGGUACCGAGCAUACCCCAAGGGCAUCAAUUGUAGCAGCGGUUCAUUGCCUCGCAACGCUGACUUCCCCGAAGAUGCUGUUUUUGCGCUUGCAAUGCUCACGCAGGCCGCCACCGUCACACUCUCCAUCGGUAGCAACACCGUGAACUACAGUGCCCCCGCCGGCAUUAGCAUGGGCUCCGUACCAUUCCCGACUGAGGAUCAGCAAAUUCCAUACAUCGAGAUCAGCAGGAACGGUAACAAGGUCGUGGAUGGAUAUGGUUCGAUGUAUGUCAACCAGACUGGCUGUACCUACUACAACUUCAAUCCCUGGGUCGGAAGCAUUAGCGCCUAGAUAGAUGGCACUGUGUUACUCCUCCCACUACUGUUUUAGGAACUAUCCACGUCCACAUUAUUUCGCCUAAACCC